CUCUUCUCUCUCUGUGUGUCCCCUCUGCUUCUACAAUCUUCAUUCGAACUCUUCCAUUGAACCAUCCUUCAAUCUUCCCUUUUCACUCUCUCCCUUUUCCCACCCUCCUCCCCCUCUCACCGGUCAACUCUUUACUUUCACUUUCUUCAACCCUUCCUUUAUUCAUUCACUGCUCUGCAACAUCAUUCUUUGCCGCCAUGGGUUUCUCCGAGAAGGCGCACCUCGACGGAGCCGCAGCCUUUGACUCUGAUAAUAGAAAAUGGGUCCUUGCCGGAAUCUCCCUCCGACCGCCGUUGAAGCCCAUAUACACCAUCCCCGCUGCUGUCGUCAACGACAAAACGCCUCAUCAAGACGAUGGCGACGAAACAGACGCGUAUUGCACGACGCCGACGAGCGAAGAAGCCAGACUCCCGACCACAUUCACUUGCCCGCCGGCUCCCAGGAAGCCAAAACCUUCUUCCAAGUUCAAUUUCCGUCGUGGGACUCGUCAGUUCUUCAACCCACCAGAUUUAGAAACUGUGUUUAUACGCUGUGUUGAAAAGGCUAAUUGAUUCAUCUUCAUCAAAUCAGUAGUACUUCUCAAGUGUACCUUUCUUUUUACCUUAGUUUAAACGCAAUCUUCUCCGUUGGGUAGGACUAUUUGUACAGUGCAAUCUAGAUAAAUAAAAACGACAUCUUCAUGGAUUC